AUGCUGAUCCCAAAGCUCCCAACUUCCGUCUGGUACGUAGUUGACGACUACUACUACUACUACUACUACUACUACUACUACUACUACUACUACUACUACUACUACUACUACUACUACUACUACUACUACUACUACUACUACUACUACUACUACUACUACUACUACUACUACUACUACUACUACUACUACUACUACUACUACUACUACUACUACUACUACUACUACUACUACUACUACUACUACUACUACUACUACUACUACUACUACUACUACUACUACUACUACUACUACUACUACUACUACUCCUACUACUACUCCUACUACUACUCCUACUACUACUACUACUACUACUACUACUACUACUACUACUACUACUACUACUACUACUACUACUACUACUACUACUACUACUACUACUACUACUACUACUACUACUACUACUACUACUACUACUACUACUACUACUACUACUACUACUAUUCGCGCUUACACCCAAUACCUUUCACUACGUGUGGGGGACUCCAGAAGAAAGUCGUCUUCCUCCCAAUCUUGCUCAGAUCCACAAUCUCUGUAAUGGCGGGGGAUCAAACUCCAACGCGGGACCGGACUCCAUGGAGGAUGCAAUCGAUCUGCACGUUUCAGCCACUGACGACAACGAUGGUCGCGAUAGUAGCACUCCGACACUAG